AUGGAUGAUGCCAAGGAGCACCUGGGGGGCCUGGCCCGCCUUCAGGGAGGCGGGCUGGACCUGCAGGAGGAGCUGCAAGCUGAUGGACCUGGAGUCGGCAGUAAAGAGGCAGCAGUGCAGCCUGCAGCCGAUGCCCGGGACUUUGCCGAUGAAGCGGAGCUGAUUGAGGAUGCAGAGCAGCAGGCAGCGAUGGCUGAUGUGGCCGCCGCCAUGCACCAGCAUCAGCUGGGGCUGGUGUCAGCGGCACUGCAGGCAGGAGCAGCAGCCGAGGAUGAGAACUAUGAUUUUGACGAAGAGGAGCCGCGAGUUCGCCGGCAGGCAGCAGAGCUUGCGCGGGAGGAGCAGACUGAGGUGGGCCCUGGCGACGAGGAGGCCCUGCUGCAGGCUGCUGACAUCGAGGUCCCUGCAGGAGAAGAGGCGGAGCAGGAUGACCAGGAGCUGCCGCUGCCUCUUCUGGUCAAUCCAACGCCCAAGCUGGCACCCCAGGGCUCGACGUCCCAUUCCCUGUGCUGCUGCAACAGCAGCAUGAAGCGCAGCAGCCACAUUGGGGCCAGCGAGAUCCAGGCAUGA